GUUGAGUUUCGUCUGAUGUUUGCUUUAAGUGGCUAUGCCCACUCGUCGUAAAAAUGUUGACUUAAACAGACUGAAACGUUCCUGUAAACGAAGCAAGGUAUUCGAGUUACUAUCUUUGUCUUACGUCCAAUACCUCCUGAUAUCCAUAAUAUGGGGAGUAUUGUUUGUAGUAAAUCAAUCAACGGACAUGAGGUUUGAGUACUUUUGGCCUGUUUGGCUAUCUGUUUGCUCAAUACAUGACUCACUGAAGUUCCAAGGACUGCAAUACACAAUUGUCUUUAUUAUUAUUUUGAUUACAAUUGAUCUAAUGUGUUUCUUCUUGAUCCCUGUGUCAUGGAUUUACACAUUCGGUAGUGCGUAUGUGUGGCUAUACUUUUUUCGGCACACUGAUCAAGGGUUGUGUUUCCUCACUUUGUCGCUGUGUUUUGUUUUCAUAUAUUUUGAAUUAAGUCUCUACUCAAAAGCGACAAAAUCCACUCACAGCAUUUAUGUUUUCCGUCCAUUUGCAGCACACAGUAUUGGCUACUCGGUAGUAUGUGUGGGAUUUUCUCUAAAACGGUGCCUGGAUAUCAGCUAUCGAGAUUUUAAAAGAAUGAAUGUUAGAAGGCAAAAUUACCUGCAUUUUCGAAUUCUUUAUGAAGCUCUCCCACUGUCGUCGGUAAACGAUAACGCUUACGUUCAACAUAGUCUUGAUUAUUUUCAAAAGGAUUCCCUAGAAGUUCAUGAAGUUGCAAUGUCUGAUGAUUUCUCAUCAGAUUUUUCUAGUCGAUCGGUAUUCAUACCUUUUCGCUUUGGUCAAUUAUGUUUUGGUCGUUUAGUUCGUUGGUUUUUCGGCUAUCUCAGAUCUGUUGAUAAACAAUACUUGGAUUUUGAUAGUCGAACUGCACGUUUUAACCAUUCCUCGACUACAAUAGUAAAUGGAGUAAUAUCAAAUACUUGUGUUGUUGAUGCUGGUCUACGUCGAGCUGUUCAGUGCCUUGAGUCAAGUCCGUCUGGAUCGCAAAUUAGUCGUCGAUAUACCACAGAGAAUUCAGUGAACCUUUACUCUAAUUCUAAACCUUCAGUUAAUGGUUGUGUUCCUAAGCAAUCUAGUAGUGAGAAACCAGUACGUGAACGAGGUGCUAAGGAAGAUCCAGUAACAAGAUUAGAGAGUAACGUUAGACGUCUCCGUUCCGAAUUACAGUCCAUGCGUGGACUGGAAACACAAUUGCGUAACCAAUUAAACAGUCUUCAACAUGACGAUCACCUCAAUCGACUCAGUCUGUCCAACCAACGUCAUGAGAACGAGGGUAUUUCAUCACGUAUUUCAAAGCUAACUAAUAAAUGCCGUACUGAACGGGUUAAUUUAAACACAAUUGAGCAAAAUUUAGGUGAAGAAGUUCGUUUGCGUCAGUUGGUCGAAGCUCAACUCACUGAAAUUGGUGUAAUUCCUGUGCGUAGUUUUGUGGGAUCAAAUAAUGCUAAUAAUGUACCUAGCAAUUCAACUGAAAAGUGUAUUCCAACAUCUAUGUCCCUUAUUCAAGCGUCUUCUAAUAAUGACUCAUCGUCGAAUUCUAAUGUCGUAAUACUUCAACCAAGCGAAAGUGAAAAAAUAAUGGAUAAUUAUUGCUGCAGACUACGUCAACUACUAGAGUCAAAGAUUUAUGCCCUUAGAUUAACUGUGAAAUAUCGUGAAAACUUAACACUAGCUUCCAAAAUGCACCAUUCAGGUCAGCUGGUUUCCAAGUGUCUAACCAACGCAAACCUAAAGGUUGUAGACACUUCAAAUUAUGAUAGCAGUGUUCAUCAAUACGAUUCACAAUCGUUGUCAUGUAGACUUCAAUCCGGACAGUUUAUAAAUAAAGAUGUUUAUUGUUGCAUUUUGAACUCAGAUGUAGAAAAUUUGCAUAAUGUUGCUAUGAUUAAUCAACAUACGUCAACAAAUAACCAUAGGCAUGCAUUUUUAGAAAAUUGUUUCAAUUUAGCCAAUGAGAAACGAGAACGUUUGGCAAAUAAAUUACGUACAGAGAAUUGGCAAAAACAAGAAUUACUCACAUUAUAUCACACAUCUGUACGGGAAAUAACUGAACUCAAUAAAACCCUUAAACAACGUGAUUUACAAAUCUUAGAACUUACGAUGAAAAUAGAACAACUUGAGUGUUUACCGAAAAGUACUAGUCGAUGUGAUCCUGUCAGUCAUGCCGGGUAUUUUGCAACAACAGCAACAUUGACAGAGUCAUCAAGUGAUUCGGUUGAUGAUCCCACAAAAUUUUGUUUAGGUGAAAAACAGUUCACAUCUAAUAAACAACAGGAUAUGUCAUCUCUGUUGCCAACAUGCAAUAUAGGUCAAUUGUUUACUAAUACCUCGACAAAUACACGCGGUAACAUACUUAUCCACUCUGCUUCAGUAAAUCAUGAUUAUAGUGGUAUUAAUAAUACUUUUUUACAGACUUCUAGAUUUUGUGCACCAGCCAUCCCAUCCAUAACUUCAUUCACAGACUUUGCAAGUUACCCUGAAAUUUAUGCUCAUGCAACUUAUCAUUAUAAAGACAAACAGAAUCUAAUCUUCACAAAACCUAUUACUACAACUUUCCACACCAACUUAUCUUCAUCUUGUUUGUUAACUUCUCGAAUAUGUUCCUCCUCGUCGUCUUCGUCGUCAUCUUCAAAUAUGAGCUGUGCGAUGCAUGCAGACGUACAGACACUUAAAAAUUAUAAAGAAUCAUCUGUUAUUACAUCAGUCAAUAGUAGCUGCCCAAUUGUACAUCAACAGCAUCACCGAAAAUAGCAGCAAUAACUAUCUGCUGACGUAAAAAUUUCCCUUACCGAUAAUACCAAAGACUAACGGGUCCUUCAGCGAUAAUUUUUCCAUUAUUCAUUCCCCAGUUCUCAUUAGACCUAUCAGUGUCAGAUUUGUUGUGAGUUCACAAGAAGUAAGUUCUUGAAUUUGAUUACCUUCCAAAACUUACUUUAUGAUAAUUACAUUGAUUUAUGGUAACUUUUAUUUUCCUAACUUGACUGUGCUCAUUAGAAUACGGCUUUCGAUCAAACGUUAGUGGAAGUUUACAGUAUUUUACAUUUCCCCUAGUUGUUGGUGUUCGUAGUUUUGCAACGGCUGUCUAUUUUUAUAGCUUUUAUCUACCAUCUUAAUUGGAUGUUUUCCUGAACUCUAUCCAAAUACUAAGAAUUUUGCGUAAAUAUAACAGUUUGAUUCAGAAUAUUGAGUCUUCUAAGUUAAGUAGUGUAUAUUUGAGACGAAUAUGAUUUUUAUGUUGCUUUGCCAUGAGAUUCCGAGUUAAGUCGAUCUGUCACAGCUUCAACUUUAGAAAUGGUAUAUGAUCACUAUCAGUGUUGAAUAACGAAUGCAACAAAACUUAAACUAAAAUUAAACAAUCAUUUUCACUAAAUUUGGGCCUAGAUAUAUCACACUAAUUUCAUGCGUUUUCGUGUAUUACAUUUGCCCACAGUUCUCUGAAUUACCAUCUUGCCUGCAUACAGAUUUUCUAGUGACAAUGUGUCCCGAUACUUUCGGUUUUUCGUGAGGCAGUUUUACCUUCUUGAAAUCAACAAUUAUCGGCAUACCAUCGGAACGCUUUUGAUAAGCCUUCUCAGCCUAAAUAUCUAUUUAGUAAGCAAUGUUAUGUUUUUGUUUAGAGCUGACUCUUUCGAUUCGAUAACUUUAUUUUGAUACUAGGCAAUUGUAAACGAUCGGGCAAAACCCCUAAACGUUCUGACACAGAAAAGUCGAAUCUACUGAUAGGCCACACCGAAAAGUGUCGACUAGCACUAAAUCUGGAAGUAAUGCUUCUUAUUGUCUGUUUUCAAUCACAGUACGGAUCCCUCUUUUUUUCAGUGCUAACCUAAUUAUUUACCGUUAGUGUCGUUUAAAUCUGACCCCAUUAACCUGACUCCGGUCAUGUAUGCUUCAAGUGUCUGAAGUUGUGCACAUAAACCUUCGAGAUAAAUAAUCUGAAUUACGAAGGAGUCUCCUGUCAUACACUUAUUUUGUAAUUGUCAUAACAUGAAAGCUGACUUAACUCUCAUAACCAAUAUUUCAUAAAAAGUGAACAGGGUUAGUAUGGGUUUUAAAGUCAAAUUACUAACUCCUCCCUAUCAUUAUCAUCUCAACAUCCUGCUUAAAGAGUUCCAAUAAUGUCACCUUCCAAUUCUGUUGAAUUAAAAACCUUCAACAUUUGAUAUACGUUCGUGUAAAGACAUUUAAUGAACUACAGUUUGGCCUGAAUGAACAUAGUACCCAGUUAACUUAUUAAGAAGGGAGUUUUCAUAAUAUUAUUAUACGAAUGUACAAGUGAUUACGGUGUCAGUGUUAUUUUAUUAAUGAUAGAAAAGUAUGGACUGUACGCUCUAGCUGACAGACUGUGAUGGUAAAUUGAUCCCAAAAACAAGAAGCUUAAUAAGCCUUCGAUGUUUACUCUGUUCAUAUUAGUUUUACCGGACACAUUUAACUAAAGGCGGUAGGUCAAGUAUCCUCUCUAAAUCACUUUUGGAUACACUGUGCAGCAUAUCUCCUAUGAUAUCUAGUCAGCUCAGAAUCCAUACACUACGAUACAUCGACCUGUAAUUCAAGCAAACUUUCAUGUUCUAUCAUUAUAGAUUCCUGGUUCCAUUAACUUAAGGAUAAUAUUGAAACUAUCCUCAAACUUUUAGCUACUGUACAUUUUUUUGUUUGUUUACCACAAGACUGAAUGAGAAUUUUCUGGACAUUUAAUAUGCUCUCAAAAUGAAAAUAAUUUUCAAUUUUAUCGUGAGUUGAUUUAGUUCUUGUAGAUCCACAGCAUGUUUUGUCAACCAUAGCUUAAAUUGUUGCUGCCCAGCAUUCUUGAUUUGUUUCGUUGUACUCUAUGUUGUUUCAGGGAUCUGCGACGACCCUGAGUACAUUUUUGCCAUCUUCUGGUAAUAAUCAAGGUUUUGUGCAGUUUUUACCACAUAGAUGUCACACUUUCGAGAGAAUCACUACGUAUCGAAAACGUCCAAGGCUUAAACUUCAUUGUCUGUGUACAUUUUGACGUUAGAGUAAAACAUUUCUG